AUGUCUGAAUAUAGCCACCUUCCAUCGCGGCCUCCAACUAACACGGGGGCCUCUCUGCCUUCAAUCUCCAUGGUGAAGAUCGGGGGCUCUGUGCUCACACAGGAGCAGGAUAGACUAUCGACUCUCCUAGAAGAACAUGGACUUGAAUAUACCCUCGAUGGCGAGCAUAUACGCUGGUUAAGCUCGAACCCGAAUCACCCUCGAAACUGGCGCCCACUACGAAAGAUCUAUGAUAGCGGGUUGAUUAUCAUUCUAGAUCUCUUCACAACGGCUGUUAGCACUGCAGGAAGCGCCGCCGCCGAUCAUGCACGACAUGAGUUUGGCAUUAGUCGUACCCUGGGUGUCUUCAUAUUUGUUUCAGUAUAUCUGCUAGGCCAGGGAAUUGGGGGUAUAAUAUUCCCGCCGUACUCAGAAGCCUUUGGCCGCAAGAAGCUAUAUAUCAUCAGCACCGCGCUGUAUAGCGUCUUCUGUCUCAUGAUUGGGCUUGUUCCCUCUAUAUCCGGAGUCGUGGUGGGCCGAUUCUUCUCCGGAUUCCUAUCCGCCAUGCCGACCAUUGUGGUGGCAGGGAGUAUCGAAGAUAUUUUCAAUUCCAAGGACCGCAUCUGGUUGAUCUUCACCUGGGCCGUGGUCGCUAACAUGGGUCUGAUCCUUGGACCCAUCAUGAGCAUUUAUAUCAUUAUUCUAUUGGACUGGCGAUGGGUCUUCUAUGUGGCAGCCAUUUUCACGGCCCUCAUCACAUGUCUUCUUUUCGGAAUUCGCGAGUCCAGGCCAUCAUUGCUUCUCGCUCAAGAGGUAGCCAAAUUGCGGAAGAUCACGGGUAUCGAUACUCUAGUGGCCUUAAAUCCCGACCACACUCCCGACAUGAACACGUUUAUCCGGGUCGCCCUCUUCCGUCCUAUCAAGCUGUUUUUUACAGAGCCCAUUGUCUUCCUAGUGGCCACGAUAAGUGCCAUAGCUUUUGCCCUGAUAUAUCUCUUCACAGAAGCUCUGCCUCCGAUAUAUGAACAGCUGGGGUUCACUAAAACUACCUCAUCACUCCCCUUCCUUGCUAUUGGCGUCGGUCUGAUCUGCGGCCUGUUCACCCGCAUAAUCGACUAUAAGACAAUUGUCAGAUACCAGAGAGACGGGAAGACAUUGCAGCCCGAACACAAGCUCAUCGGGUUCUCAAUUGGCGCUCCAGUCCUAGCAGUGGGCCUCUGGUGGUUCGCCUGGACUAUACCGCCACACGCUCAGGGAGUCAGCUGGAUUGUAUCUGGUCUCUCUCUGGUGCUGAUCGGUUAUGCAGUAAAUGAGUUCGACGCAGUCCUCGCCGGCUACCUAGCCGACAGCUACUUAAGCUACUCGGCGAGUGGAUUUGCAGCCUUGUCACUCGUGCGCUCCACUCUUUCCGCAAUCUUCCCAUUAUUCGCGGGCAAGAUGUAUGAAGGGUUGGGUGCAAACCUGGCAACCUCUGUUCUCGCGGCGGUGGCCACUAUAUUCUGCAUCAUUCCGCCCUUGCUCACCCGGUAUGGGCCGCGGGUUAGGGCGUGCAGUAAGUUUGCGAAGUAUAGUUUGAAGGUAUACCAGGAGAGCGGGGUGGACAAGGACGGGUACUAG